GUGGUGAGUCCGAAACGCUUCACAAAUCUCAAUAAAUCGCUCAUGGUCGCUUUAACGAGCCGUCAUUUUUAUUAAAAGCGCCGUUACGGCUGAGAGGAGCGGCGCUCGGACACGCGGCACUGGCCCGGCCUUAGCCAGCUAGCCAAGCCAAGCCAAGCUAAGCUAAGCUAAGCUAACCCUUUAACCGCAGCUAAUCUCAGAAACCAGCUCUUCUGCUGAUCUGAAGAAUCUGGACGUACUGAGCGUUUUAUGUUGGCCCUGGAAGAAGCAGUGGAGCUCUAAUCGCUCUGUCCUGCCAGUAAAUUCAACCUAAAGGACGAUGCGCGGCGCCUUUUAUAAACACAUAAAAACAGGCUUCUUCGCGCCGCUCCUCCUAGAGAGCGUCACAGAAGCGCAGCAUUUGCGCAAAUAUUUGCGCAUCGCAGGCCGUCUGUCCGUCUGCUGAGGUCUGCAGCAGUCCUGUAACGGCUGAACCGACGGCUGGAAGAUGAAUCGUUUGUUUUUUGGGGUUUUCUUUGGUCUAAAUCGUAUUUUGAAAGCACGCAGUUUUCAUAUCACUAGCGGCAAUUUUAAUUAUAGCUUAACAACUUUAAUCUAAAAACGUGGAGCUCCUACUGCCUGGAGAUGAAUUAGACCACCUGGAAGCAGCCAGAGCAUCCACAACACAGCCACACCUAACAGUGGCACACUGUUCAGCCUCAGAUGCCCAGACAUUGCUCUGCCGCAGGCUGCAAUUCACGUGAUACCAGAGAUGCUCGGAAAGCUGGUCUCACUUUUCACAGGUUGCCGAAAAGGGGCAAUCCUCGGCGUGCCACCUGGAUUCUGAAUUCUCAUCGCAAAGGUCCCGAGGGGAAAGGGCAGUGGGAUCCUCAGAGUGACUACAUCUAUUUUUGCUCUAAACAUUUCACCCCUGACAGCUUUGAACUCUCUGGAGUCAGUGGCUAUCGCAGACUGAAAGAUGAUGCAGUACCCACAGUGGUUGAAACCUCAUCUUUCCAAAGAGGCAAGACCUCCAGGGGAAGAGGCAGACCACGAAAUGUGGAAAGACAGAUGAGGACAAAGAAGCGAACUGAAAAUGAGGGAUCGGACAGUAAGGAGGUUCCAAUCAACGAGGCUUUCAUACAGAAUGUGACUAGUGAAGGUGAAGCUGAGAAAUCCAACACAGUCAAUGGGGAACAGGCAAAUGAGCAAAGCCCUCCACUUUCGUCUGAAGAUGUUCAAACCAAUAAGACAUCACCAAAUAGUCAACCAACAGACAUCGCUCCCAAUCCAACUUCACCACGGCCACCUUCUCCAUCCUGCUAUAUGAGGCGCCUCCCUCCUCCUCCUGGCUUCUAUCUGGCCAAAGAGCACAACUAUGCUCAGCUGUGCCCCCUAGUAUGGCGUAAACGUUACGAUAAAGCCAUCGAUAACUUGGAAAAGGCACUGCGUUUGCUUAGUGCUGCCCGCCGCCGGGAAAACCGCCUACGGCUUACGCUGCUGCGCCUCCGAGAGAGCAGGCUAAAGAGCACUUUAUCCCGAAUUCAAGACAGCAGCCGAAGGAAGGAGGGUCAGGGAGGCCAAGGUAGGGUUUCCGUCUUGGCUACUCAGAGUGAAAAGGCUACAAGAAUAGACAGAAGUGGAACUCCUGAAGGGCUGGAGGAGAGUGAGAUAGAGGGUACAAAUGAAGACAUGGAGCUUUUCACUGAAGAGGGUUGGAGAAGGCCAGCACCCACAGCAAAGGAGAGAGUACCUGUAGAAGAAGAGGACGGAUGCUGUUUUUACUGUGGUCGGGGUAGAGAAGAUGAGGAAUCAAAAGAAGUAAGGGAUAGGCGAAUGUCUCAUAGGGCCACUGAAAGCCAAGGGCCUCUUGAAAGUCAUAAACCUAAGAGAAUUCAAGAAGGCAAAAGAGAGAGAGGGAAGACACCCAGCAUAUUCAUAGGUCGAAAGGCUGAGAGCACAAGAAAUGAUGCUCCUGCUGUAGAGCCAAAGGACUGUUACUUCUAUUACUGUGAAAAUGAUGCAAGUGAGGACCAAACAAGGACUGCCUCCUUGGAUUCACCUCCCCAGCAGAACAUAGAUGGAGAAGCUUCUCUGGAACUCUGUGGCAAGCCAUUGCAGCAACUUACCCUGCUGCACCCUCAGACUGAAAUGCUCUUGCAGAUGCAUACGGUGCCUGGACCUACACAAUCUACAGUAACGCUACAGGAGGCAACAUCUCCACUUCAGCUGCAGCAGCUUCAUCUUUUGCAGCCCAGUGUGGGCCUUCAGCCAGGACUUCUCCUUCCAGACAUGACAACAAGGGAAGGGAACAUGUCACAAAGUGACCAAGAAGCAGGAAAUCAUAUUUAUGUGGUGCAAGAAAGAUCAGACAGUCACUUGCUGCUGGUACCUGUUUCUACUGAUACCAGGGAGAGUAGUGGGGUCAGUGUUGACACCGUGCUUCAGAAUAUGGAAACCCAGUCGAUAUUGUUGACAGGAGAAGGCUUUCAGCAAGGAGCCAGUGAAGACGGGGAUAGCCUAGGUGUUGAGAGUAACCUCACAGGGUUAAGAAAUACUAGGUUGAGGGAAAGUCAGAAUGGCAAUCAGUCAAAUCUGAGAGCUACUGUAGUGAGUGGAGAUGUCAGGCAGAGACUGAAGGAACAUCUAGAGGGGUUUCAGCUGCAGCUAAGCAGUGAAUUUGUUGACUGAACAAGGUGUUACAAUUGGUUGUAAUUACAAUAAUACAUUUUUGUCAAGGAUAUGGAACAAACCUCUUCACGAUUUCCCAUUAAACACAGCACAAACAAUGUA